AUGGCGGUUGCUGGAGUCGCAACCACGCUCGACUGUAGCCUUGCGUCCCUCCACACCAUCAUUCCCGAAAAUGCAACUCUCAACUAUGUUGAGAAGCUGUCAGAAGGUUCCGCGUUUGGCGACGAAAAUCAGCUGCCCCUGACCGGUCGCGACCUGCCUCCGGGCUGCGCCGUGGGCUACUCCGUGCCGUCGUCUGCGAACUCUACGCUGAGAAUAGCGCUCCUGCUUCCGACCGAUUGGAACGGUCGCUUCAUGGCGAGUGGCGGCAGUGGAUUUAGUGGGCACACCUCGUGGUCAGAUAUGGGCUUUUAUGGUCACUAUGGCUUUGCCUCCAUGUCGACCAACCAGGGCCAUACCUCCUACGGCCUGGACGCGGACUGGGCCAUGAACAAUCCAGAAGCAAUCAUUGAUUGGGCUCACCGCGGUAUCCACCUGGCGGCACAGAAUUCCAAAGAAAUUGUCGAGCAGUAUUAUGGCUCGAACAUUGAGUACUCUUACUACACCGGAUGCUCGACAGGUGGACGUCAGGGUCUCAAGCUGGUCGACCUGUACCCGGAAGAUUUUGACGGUGCCCUCAUCGGAAGCCCCGCGUGGAGCAUGGUGCGACUCGCAGGAUGGGUUACGAAGCUCGGAAUCUGGAACCUGCCCGCAGACGACCCAAGCCACAUCCCGGCUUCGCUGUUGAACCUUGUGGCCAUGGAGCAGAUCAAGCUGUGUGACCAAAGGGAUGGCGUCGCCGACGGUAUCGUCAUGGAUCCAACAAUUUGUCGCCCAUCACUGGCACACCUCUCUUGCAAGGACAACCAGACUGACAACUGCCUUACCGACCCGCAGUUCAAGACCCUUUCUCGCCUGUCGAGCGACUGGACCGACUCCAACGGUUCGCUGAUCAAGCCGACAUUCGACCCCGGUGCCGAAUUCACCAUCCUAGCUGGCGUCGACUCGGAACCAAUCGAGCUUGCCACCUCUCUUUUCACGAACAUGGUCUUCAACGACUCGCAGUGGGACUGGCGCACCCUGGACGAGGAGACUAUCCAGCUUGCCGAUGAGGUCAACCCCGGACAGAUGGACGUCAGACAGCGCGACUUUUCCCCAUUCAAGGACAGGGGAGGUAAAUUGAUCAUGUACCACGGCUGGGCCGACCAGGCUAUCCCCGCCCAGUCCAGCCUCCUCUUCCGCGACCGCAUCAGCCAGACGAUGGGCUCCGAGGAGGUGGAUGAAUUCUACAGACUCUACAUGAUGCCAGGCGUGCAGCACUGCGUUAGCUCCUACAACGACGCCCCGUGGAGCAUUGGCGGCGUCGGCCAGGGCGACUUUAAUUCACGGCAUGAGGGGCCAGGGUACGUUGACGAUGCUGAGCACAACGCGCUGCUGGCGCUGAUGCGCUGGGUUGAGGAGGGUGACGCGCCUGGACAUAUUGUUGCUUCGAAAUUUGUAAACAACUCUGUUGCACUUGGUGUGGUCGGUCAGAGACCACUGUGCGCAUACCCUCAGAAAGCGGUCUACGUCGGCGGUGCUAUCGACAAGACGGAGGGCUGGAAGUGUCAGUCUUAG